GCGCCCUUUCGAUUUAAUUGUUUACGUAUGUGAUGUUAAGCGUGAUAUAGUAGUGUUUCGGAUGAAUGCGCCAAAAAAGUAGGCAAAAUGUUAAAAAAGUGGACGGGUAACUGAAGAACAGUAAUAGGUGGAUAUGUAACCAACUAACAUCUUGUAUAACAUUAAGGAUGUAUAGUGGUCGUUUGCCUGAGACAGGGAGAAGGCCUGUGCGCUGGGGGCGUCCACAUGACGAUUAUAUAUCAGAUUAUGAGGCACAUUUAGCAGCCUCAAACCGCUAUGUAAAUUACAACUCAACGACAUCGUCGAUAUAUGGAGGAGAUGCUGACGCUAUCAAAAUAUCUGACAUUGACCUGAUCAUCAGGUACAAUACACAGGCCCACCAUACUAAUGAGUUUGACAUUACCAAUGCGCAAGUAUAUGGGGCUAGCAAAGAAAUGCUUGUUGCUAGACGAGGUCAGCAGUUCUUCAUUAAGAUUACGUUCAACAGGCCGUAUGAUGCUGCGAAAGAUGACGUGCGUUUAGUUUUCCAAUUUGGAAAAAACCCUCUACCCUCAAAACAAAGUCAUAUAGAACUCUUCCUGUCUACAAAUUCAAAAUAUGACGAGAAGAAGUGGAGUGCUUCCAUUCAGUCUCAAGAUGACGAUUCAGUGACGCUUGUGGUUGUGCCGCCGCCGACAUGUGCUGUUGGUAAAUGGGCCCUAAAACUAGAUGUGGUGAAAUCAGUUGUGAACAUCAAGCCGACGGUUUUUAGAUACGUCUAUUGGGAUCCGAUAUAUAUUCUUUUCAAUCCUUGGUGCAAAGAUGAUCAGGUGUAUAUGAAGGAUGAAGAUUUACUUAAAGAAUACGUACUUAACGAGACAGGAAAACUAUAUAGCGGAAGUUCGGAAAAGAUUACCCAUUUUCCAUGGAAUUUUGGGCAGUUUUCAGGUCAUGUUCUGGACUGUGUUAUGUACUUACUGGACGAAAUGUCCGGGCUUUCCGACCAGUUACGCGGAGAUCCAGUUCAAGUUUCUCGCAGAAUAUCAAGUUUGGUUAACAGUAAGGACAAUAAUGGUGUGGUUAUGGGGAAUUGGAGCGGUAACUACGGAGACGGCACUUCACCACUUGGCUGGACAGGAAGUGUUGCAAUCCUUGAAGAAUACUACAGCACAAAAAGCCCAGUGAAAUAUGGACAAUGUUGGGUGUUCUCUGGAGUUGUUACAACAGUAUGCAGAGCUCUUGGUAUACCAGCAAGAAGUGUGAGCAAUUAUUUAUCUGCACAUGAUACUGAUGGCAGCAACACAAUAGACACAUACUUUAACAGUGAGUUUGAAGAAAUUGAAGAACUAAAUAACGACUCAGUUUGGAAUUUCCAUGUCUGGAAUGACGUAUGGAUGACACGGCCAGAUCUGCCGUCCGGAUAUAAUGGAUGGCAAGCUAUAGAUGCCACUCCACAAGAGGCAAGCGGAGGGAUCUACUGCAUGGGACCGAUGUCUUUAACAGCUAUCAAAACCGGAUAUGUACAUCUUCCAUAUGACGGUCCUUUCGUAUUUGCUGAGGUCAAUGGUGAUAAAAUCAUGUGGAUGAGUUACUCUCCGGGCAAACUGCGAGUAAUAAAUAUAUAUAAGGACAAAAUAGGUAAGUUUAUCAGCACGAAGAAACCAUUGGCACAUAGCACAAUAAACGACUGGAUGUCAAGUGCAGAUAUCGAUAGAGAGGACAUCACUGACCAAUACAAAUUCAGAGAAGGUUCAGAGGAAGAACGUGCUGCAGUUGAAAAGGCAAGUCGCCUCUCAACAACUGACAACGUGGAUGAAACUAGCAAAAAGGAUGUAGAAUUUGUGCUCAGUGCUGACAAAGAAACUUUUAUUGGCCAACCAUUAAAGAUUUCGCUGAGAGUUAAAAAUACUAGAAGUAAAAAGAAACGAACUGUUGCCGGUCAUAUCAAAGUAGCUACAAUGUAUUACACGGGGGUCACGUAUAAAGGAGUUGUGAAAGGGAGACUUCAGAGGACUGAACUAGAAGGGAAUGAGGAUAGAUCAUUCGUUAUGGAGGUUUUAGUGGACAAUUAUUUGGAUAAACUGACAGACCACUGCUUCUUCAGUAUAACUUGUUCAUGUAUGGUUGAGGAAACGGAACAAACGUUCGCCGAUACUGUGGAAGUGAGACUCAGAAAACCACAUCUCAGUAUAGAGGCACCAGAUACCGGUUAUGUUGGGCAGGCAUUCAGGGUUCGAACGUGGUUUCAGAACCCGCUACCUGUGAAAUUAACCAACUGUCAGCUACGUGUGGAAGGGCCAGGAAAACAACGACCUGUCACCUACAAUCUGCAAGGUGCUUAUACAGGACAAACAUUUGUGAUUGAGAUGACUCCAGUCAAAGCCGGAGAGAAGGAGAUUAUUAUAAACUUCAGCUGUGACCAACUCUACGCUGUCACCGCAUCACACCCAAUAUAUAUAAACGUGCCGGUUAUGAAUGAAAAUAGUGAAGUGUAUGCUUUGAGGUUUAGCAAGUUCACAAUAUCUUUCUUUGCAAGCAUAAAUAUUAGGAUGUAUGGUGGACGUUUUCCUGAAAUAGGGAGAAGGGAUGCACGCUGGGGGCGUUCGUAUAAUGAUUACGCAUCAAAUUACAUGGCCUCAAAUCGUUAUACAAAUAACAACUCUACAUAUGGAAGGGGAAAUGGCACAAUUAAAGUAUCAGGCAUUGACAUGUUCAUCAAGUAUAAUACACAGGCACACCACACUAAUGAGUUUGACAUCACCAAUGCACACGUUUAUGGAGCCAGGGACGAAGUGCUUGUUGUGAGACGAGGUCAACAGUUCUUCAUGAGAAUCAGGUUCAACAGGCCGUAUGAUGCCACAAGAGAUGACAUACGUUUAGUUUACCAAUUUGGGAAAACUCCCAGUUCGUCAAAAGAACGCUAUGUAGAACUCUUUCUGUCAGCACGUUCAAAGCCUAGUUUGAAUGAUUGGAAAGUUUCCAUUCACUCACAAGAUGGCGAUUCAGUGACGCUCGCGGUAGUGGCACCGCCGACAUGUGCUGUCGGUAAAUGGUCUCUACGAGUAGAUGUGGUGAAAUCAGUGUUGAACAACAAACCGACGGUGUUGAGUUUCGAAUAUAGGAAUCCUGUAUACAUUCUUUUCAAUCCUUGGUGUAAAGACGAUCAGGUGUAUAUGAAAGAAGAAGAUUUACUUGGAGAGUACAUACUUAACGAAACAGGAAAACUAUAUAGCGGAAGUAAAGAAAAGAUUACCCAUUUUCCAUGGAAUUUUGGACAGGUUAACAGUAGUGACAACAGUGGUGUUCUUAUUGGAAACUGGAGCGGUAACUAUGGAGAUGGUACUUCUCCACUUAGCUGGACCGGAAGUGUUGAUAUCUUAGAAGAAUACUACAGUACCAAAAGGCCGGUGAAGUAUGGACAAUGUUGGGUUUUCUCUGGAGUCGCUACAACAGUUUGUAGAGCUCUUGGAAUACCAGCAAGAAGUGUUACCAAUUUUUCAUCUGCGCAUGAUACUGACGGUAGUAUGACUAUAGACAAAUAUUUCAACACUGAUUUGAAAGAAAUUGAAGACCUAAAUCACGAUUCAGUUUGGAAUUUCCAUGUCUGGAAUGACGUAUGGAUGGCACGCCCAGAUCUGCCGCGUGGAUAUGGCGGAUGGCAAGCUAUAGAUGCGACUCCACAGGAGACAAGUGGAGGGAUUUACUGCAUGGGACCGAUGUCUUUGACUGCAAUCAAAUAUGGACAUGUAAACCUUCAAUAUGACGGACCUUUUGCAUUUGCUGAGGUCAACGGUGACAAAAUUAUGUGGAUGAGAUACGCACCAGGCAAAAUGCGAGUUAUGAAAAUUGAUAAAAGCAUAAUAGGUAAGUUCAUCAGCACAAAGAAACCAUUGGCACAUAGCACAAUAAACAACUGGAUGGCUGGUUCAGAUGUCGAUAGAGAGGAUAUCACUGACCAAUACAAAUUCAAAGAAGGUACAAAGGCAGAACGCACAGCAGUUCAAAAGGCCAGUCACCAGUCGUCCAUUGACAACGUGUAUGAAACUAGCAAGAAGGAUGUAGAUUUUGAGCUGAGUGUUGACAAAAACACAUUUAUUGGCGAACCAUUAAAGAUAGUGUUGAGAGUGAAAAAUAGAAGUAAAACGACACGAACUAUUUCUGGGCAUCUCAGGGUAACAACAAUGUUAUACACAGGUGCCACACAUAAAUCAAUUGUAAAUGGAAAUAUUCAGAAGAUUGUACUUACAGGAAGUGAAGAUGUGUCAUUCGGUCUGGAGGUUCCAGCGGCAGAGUAUUUAGAUAAACUGACGGACCACUGCUUUUUCAGUUUAACAUUUUCAUGUAUGGUCGAGGAAACAAACCAAACAACUGCCGAUACUGUGGAAGGCAGGCUUCGAAAACCUCAUCUAAGAAUAGAGACACCAGAUGUCGGCUAUGUCGGGCAGAUAUUCAGGGUACAGGCGUCCUUUAAGAACACACUACCUGUGAAAUUAACAAACUGUCAGCUACGCGUGGAAGGACCAGGAAAACAACGACCUGUCACCUACAAUGUGCAGAUGUAUGGUGGACGUUAUCCUGAAAUAGAGAGAAGAAAUGCACGUUGGGGGCGUUCGUAUAAUGAUUACACUCCAGAUUAUAUGGCCUCAAGAGAGCGGAUAUAUGGUGGACGUUUUCCCGAAAUAGAGAGAAGGGAUGCACGCUGGGGGCGUUCGUAUAACGAUUACACUCCAGAUUAUAUGACCUCAAACAACCGAGAGCGGAUGUAUGGUGGACGUUUUCCUGAAAUAGGGAGAAGGGAUGCACGCUGGGGGCGUUCGUAUAAUGAUUACACAUCAGACUAUAUGGCCUCAAACCGUUAUGGAAAUAACAACUCUACACAUGGAAGAGGAGGUUAUGACACAAUUAAAGUGUCUAGCAUCGACCUGUUCAUCAAGUACAAUACAGAGGCCCAUCACACUAAUGAGUUUGACAUAGCCAAUGCGCAAGCACACGGGGACAGCAGUGAAAUGCUGGUUGUGAGACGAGGUCAAGAGUUCUUCAUGAAUAUCAAGUUCAACAGGCCGUAUGAUGCAGCAACAGAUGACAUACGUUUAUUUUUCCAAUUUGGGAAAGCUGGUAGUUCGUCAAAGGAGAGUAAUGUAGUACUCUUCCCGUCAGCACGUUCUAGACCUAGUUUGAAUGAGUGGGGAGCUUCCAUUCACUCACAAGAUGGCGAUUCAGUGACGAUUGCUGUAGUUGCACCGCCAAGGUGUGCCGUCGGUAAAUGGUACCUGAAAAUAGAUGUGGGGAAAUCAGGGGUGAGCGUUAGACCAGAGGACUUCAGUUUUAAAUAUUCGGAUCCUAUAUACAUUCUUUUCAAUCCAUGGUGUAAAGAUGAUCAGGUGUAUAUGAGUGAAGAAGAAUUACUUAGAGAAUAUAUACUUAACGAGACUGGAAAACUAUACUGUGGAACUUCGGACAAGAUUACUCAUUUUCCAUGGAAUUUUGGACAGUUUUCAGGAAAUGUUCUGGACUGUGUGAUAUAUUUACUAGAUGUAUCCGGCCUGCCGGAUGAUGUACGCGGAGAUCCAGUCCUUGUUUCUCGUAGAAUCACAAGUUUGCUUAAUAGUAAUGACAACAAGGGGGUUCUUGUGGGAAAAUGGAGCGGAUCCUAUGCGGAUGGCACUCCGCCACUUAGCUGGACAGGAAGUGUUGAGAUCUUAGAAGAAUACUACAGCACCAGAAGACCGGUAAAAUAUGGACAAUGUUGGGUCUUCUCUGGACUUGUUACAGCAGUUUGCAGAGCUCUUGGUAUACCAGCAAGAAGUGUUACCAACUUUUCAUCUGCACAUGAUACUGACGGUAGCGUCACAAUAGACAUGUAUUACGAUAGUAACAUGGAUGAAAUCAGAGAACUAAAUCGCGACUCAGUUUGGAAUUUCCAUGUUUGGAAUGACGUAUGGAUGGUACGCCCAGAUCUGCCGCGUGGAUAUAGUGGAUGGCAAGCUAUAGAUGCCACUCCGCAAGAAAGAAGCGGAGGGGUUUACCGCAUGGGACCGACGUCUUUAACGGCUAUCAAAAACGGACAUGUUAAACUUCCAUAUGAUGGGCCCUUCGUAUUUGCUGAGGUCAAUGGUGAUAAAAUCACGUGGAUGAAAGACAACAGAGGCAAAAUGCGAGUAAUGACAAUUGACAAGGACUCAGUAGGGAAGUUUAUCAGCACAAAGAAACCAUUUGCACAUAGCUCGGCUGCUGGCUCAGCUAUCGAUAGAGAAGACAUCACUUACUUAUACAAAUUCGCAGAAGGUACAAGCGAAGAACGCACAGCAGUUAAAAAAGCACGUCGCCAGUUAGAAAUUGACGAAGUGAAUGAAACUAGCAUCAAGGAUGUACAAUUUGAGUUGAGUACAGACAAUAACACAUUUAUUGGCCAACCAUUAAAAUUGUCGCUGAGAGUCAAUAACAGAAGUCGGACGAAGAGAACUAUUUCUGGGCAUGUCAAAGUCACCACAACAUUAUACACAGGAGACACAUAUAAAGAUGUUGCGAGUGGAAGCCUUACGAAGGUGGUACUGGUAGCCCAUGAAGAUAAAUCAUUCUAUAUGGAUGUAUCACCAGAAAGGUAUAUGGACAAACUGGCGGACCACUGCAUCUUCAAUAUAAAAUGUUCAUUUAUGGUUGAAGAAACAAACCAAACCUUUGCGGAUACUAAGGAAGUCAGGCUUCGAAAGCCGCAUCUGAGCAUAGAGGCGCCUGAUAUAGGUUAUGUCGGGCAGACAUUCAGGGUUCGAGCCUCCUUUAAGAACCCACUACCUGUGGAAUUAACAAACUGUCAAAUGCGUGUUGAAGGACCAGGAAAGCCACGACCUGUCACCUAUAAUCUACAGAGUUCGUACUCAGGAGAAGCGUUAGUGAUUGAUAUGACCCCAGUGAAGCCUGGGGAGAAGGAUAUUAUAAUUAACUUCAGCUGUGAUCAGAUCUACGCCGUCAACGCAUCGCAUUCAAUAUAUAUCAAAAGAUAAAAAGUAAAGUAAAGUUACCAAGACCUGCUUGAAAUUUAAAAAAAAAUCGAAAUUCUUACCAAUCUGUUGAUAUUCUUAAACAAUUUUCUGUAAACUACUAGUAUGCUAGACAAUUCUUGUAUCAAGUGAAAGUCUAAUUCAAAUAUAACCAUCGAGAUGAAAAAUUAUGUUCCUCUGCGCACACUGAAGAUACAUUUGUUUGUGAAGAAGAAAAAAGCUCACAAAACUUAAACGAUAUUUCAUGCACUGUGUAUUUGGAAAAAAAUACGUGUUAGAACCAUAUACAUUGUACUUGUGUAUUAUUUCAUCAUUUACUGUCUUUUCUUCAG